UAUACACAGAGCCCAAAAGAACUACAUUACAUAUACAGUACUGUAUGCAUAAACCUGAAUAAACCAUAACCAUUACAGCACUCCAAGGGCAUCAAAUGUCCUGGUCUAUAAGAAAGGAAAAGAUAGAAGUGGCAGCCAUUUUGAAAAGUAGCUGCAGGGAGCUUGGGGUCAUCAGUUUUUCUAACCAUGUCUGAGAGGAAGAUCAAAGUACAAUGCUUUCAAACAGCAUUUCAACCAUUACCUCUCACCCCAGCUUACUACCCACCUAUCACUUCUAGAAGAUGUAACAUUGCACAAAGCAAUUAACCGAACAACAUUUGAAGUCCUAUGUAAAUCCAUGAAUCUAUAAUUAUUUCAACCACAUGGUUUCAACUAUAUAAGCAUAACGAUUAUUACAGACACAUAAAGUGCCCUCCAUAACUAUUGGGACAGUAAAGUCAAAAUUAUUGUUUGUGCGGUACACUCAAGGAUUAUGCUGAUUAACGAUUAAAAGUUGAGUAUGUGGAAAGAUUAAAGACUAAACCUUUAUUUCUGGCUGUUUCAACGUGUUAUAUCAACUAAGAAUAACAGCACUUUCUGAGUCUCCAUUUAAUUGGCAUAAGUAUUGGAACAAUUCAAUUGAAAGCAAACAUAAGAAGUAUAAAAGCUAGUACUUAGUUGCAAAUCCCUUGCAUGCAAUAACAUGAGUAAGACUGCGACCCAUCAACAUCAACAAACUCUUGGUACCUUAGAGAUGCUUUGCCCAGCCUUUACUGCAGCCAAUUUUGAGCUCUCGUGUAAUUUUGAGAAUUUCUGACUUCAGUCUCUGCUUUAGCAAGUGAAAUGCAUGUUCUUUUUAAGAUUUAAGUUGAGUGAGCCUGUUCCAGAGGCAGGCAUGCAUGCCCAUGCCAUGACACUACUUCCACAACGCUUCACAGAUUUUCUGUCAUCAACGGCUGUCAUUUUCUUUGGACGAUGUGGUCAUUGCCGAUUGCUGAACACACCAGUGGUUUCUUUCAUUUAAAGGACAUUCCAAGCUGUUGAUUUGGCUAUGCCUGAGUUUUGAACAUCAUGUUCUUUCAAUGUUUUCAUGAUAGGAAAAUUACAGGGAAUUACUCUUAAACUUUGAUGAGAGCAAUCCAGCCAUUUCCUAUAUUCGAUUAACCAUUGGCGCCAUCUAGCAGUAUGUGUUUGUAUGUAUUUAUGCAAUUCAAAUGCACUAACACAUUUUGUCCUUCAUCAGAUUCCAUCCAUGUCUCCAAAUCUUAUGCCUGCGAACUGCCCGUGGUCACAGAUCUAGAAUCAGAUUAUCGAUUCCUAAUUCGGAGGAGGGAUUAACACUAAACUGACCUUAGAUCAGCUUCAGCGUAAAGUAUUCCUUCGUAUAUGACUUCAUCCACUCGUCAUUGUUUUGGGAGCUGUCGGACAGUUCCAUCAUUCCAGUACUGUGCCGUUAGCAACUGUAACGAAUCUCCAAAAACAGUGGACGCACAUUAAAUCAGCAUGGCAGAUAAACAGGACAAGAGUGAGCUGAAAGCAGAACUCGAAAGGAAGAAACAACGUCUGGCCCAAAUCAGAGAGGAAAAGAAGAGAAAGGAGGAGGAGAAGAACAAGAAAAAGGAUGGGUCUGACUCUAAACGGGGAGGGGAGGGGGGUGGACCUGGUGCGCCAGAAGACUCUUCUGACUUGGAGAAAAAGAGGAGAGAGGCUGAGGCUCUGUUGCAGAGCAUGGGGAUCGCCCCUGAUGUAUCUAAUGCCCAGCCUCUGAGGGUUUUAACAGAGGAUACGUGUCUGUUUCACUAUCUAGUCCCCACCCCCAUGUCUCCCUCAGCCAAAUCAGUGGGCAGUGAGACUGGUAGCCAGGAUUCUGGAGAUGGUAACACAAGGACGUUACACUGGGAUCCUGACCCCUCAACUCUGCAGCUGCACUCUGACACUCAACUACUGGGGAGAGGUUUGAGGCUUGGUAUGGCAAAGGUGACCCAAGUAGAUUUCCCUCCCAAAGAGAUGGUGUCCUACUCCAAGGAGACGCAGACCCCUACAGAUACACAAACACACACCCAGGCCAGACCAGCAGAGGAGGAGGAAGAUGAGGAGGAGUUGGCUGAAGCCAAGCCAGCAGAGGACUCCCAGGAGAAGAAGGCUGAUCAGGAGGAGAAGCAGGAGGAAGCUCCUCCCAAGGAACUGACUGAGGAGGAGAAGAUGCACCUUCUCCACUCGGACGAGUUCUUGACAUUCUUCGAUCGAGGGAGCAGGAUUGUAGAGCGGGCUCUCUCUGAAAGAGUGGACGUCUGUUUUGACUACAGUGGCCGUGACCUGGAGGAUAAGGAGGGUGAGAUGCAGGCAGGGGCAAAGAUGUCUCUGAAUCGGACCUUCUCUGAUGAGCGCUGGUCUAAGAACAGAGUGGUCACCUGUCUGGACUGGUCUCCUCAGUACCCUGAGCUGCUGGUGGCCUCCUACAACAACAAUGAGGAUGUUCCUCACGAGCCGGACGGAGUGGCUCUGGUCUGGAACAUGAAGUAUAAGAAGACCACACCAGAAUACACCUUCCACUGCCAGUCUGCUGUGAUGUCAGCAGCUUUUGCCAGAUUCCACCCUAACCUGGUGGUGGGCGGGACUUACUCAGGACAGAUUGUCUUAUGGGAUAACAGGAGCAACAAGAGGACACCUGUACAGAGAACUCCCCUUUCUGCAUCUGCUCACACGCACCCAGUGUACUGUGUGAACGUGGUGGGGACCCAGAAUGCUCACAACCUCAUCAGCAUCUCCACUGACGGAAAGAUGUGUUCCUGGAGCCUGGACAUGCUGUCCCAACCACAGGAUUGUCUGGAGCUGGUGUUUAAGCAGUCUAAGGCAGUCGCAGUGACCUCAAUGGCAUUUCCUCUGGGGGAUGUCAAUAACUUUGUGGUUGGGAGUGAAGAUGGAUCGGUCUACACUGCCUGCCGCCACGGAAGUAAGGCAGGCAUCAGUGACGUGUUUGAGGGUCAUCAUGGUCCAGUCACCGGGCUGAGCUGUCACAGUGCCGGGGGGCCCGUCGACUUCUCCCAUCUCUUCAUCUCCGCCUCUUUUGACUGGACCGUCAAGCUCUGGACCACCAAGAGUACCCGUCCUCUGUAUUCCUUUGAGGACAGCUGUGACUAUGUGUAUGAUGUCAUGUGGUCUCCCACUCACCCCGCCCUCUUUGCGUGCGUGGACGGAUCAGGACGGCUGGACCUGUGGAACCUCAACAAUGACACAGAGGUGCCCAGCGCCAGCGUGGUUGUUGAUGGGUCUACAGCUCUGAACCGCGUGCGCUGGUCCCACUCGGGGAGAGAGAUCGCUACAGGGGACUCGGACGGGCAGGUUCUGGUCUACGAUGUAGGGGAGCCUAUCUGUGUGCCCAAGCCAGACGAGUGGAGCCGUCUCGUUCACACGCUCAUGGAGAUCAACGAGAACCGGGACGAAGGAGAUGAGCUGGCCGCACAACGCCUAGUUGCCUGAUCACCAUCGGGGGUGACUUUCAGGACCUCUUCCCGCCUCCUUCUGCUUCUACGUCUUCCCUCCCUGUAGUUGGGUGGGUGAGCGGUUAUGAUGUUCAUCCCUCAGGGUGCUAAACGGUCCUGAACGUCCAGGUUUAAUGUUCAUCCCUCAGGGUGCUACAGCGGUCCUGAACGUCCAGGUUUAAUGUUCAUCCCUCAGGGUGCUACAGCGGUCCUGAACGUCCAGGUUUAAUGUUCAUCCCUCAGGGUGCUACAGCGGUCCUGAACGUCCAGGUUUAAUGUUCAUCCCUCAGGGUGCUAAACGGUCCUGAACAACCAUUGUUCCUUCCAUAGCUCCUCCAACUCAUUCCCUCUCUAAAUAUGCAAAACUUUGUACUUUUGCACCUUUUUACUACUUCGUAUUUUGUAUUCAUAUAUUUUCCAAAACAUGUUUAAAUGAUGAUGGGAACGACCCCUUGCUAUGCCUAAUUCAACCCUUAUAGGUUAGGACAGCAGUAUCCUCAUUAGAUUUUAACUACAAUUUUAUUUAUUCAUGCUUUUAUUUAUCAUAUUCAGUUGCACAUAUUUCAAACAUACACUGCAGUUCAAAAGAUUGGGGUCACUUAGAAAUGUCCUUAUUUUCGAAAGAAAAGCACAUUUCUAGUCCAUUAAAAUAACAUGAAAUAGAUCAGAAAUACAGUGUAGACCUUUUUAAUGUUGUAAAUGACUAUUGUAGCUUGAAACAUCUGGUUUUCAAUGGAAUAUCUACAUAGGUGUGGACAGUGGCGUUGGACCUGGGGAAAAAAGGGGUACUAAGUAUAUAGGGCCCUAACGUGUAGAGGGGCCCUCGGCAGUGUUUGAAUCUUGAAUAAAGAGGGGAGUUUAAAAUGAUAAACUUUAAAAUGAUAAACUUGGAUUAGCAAACACAACGUGCCAUUGGAACACAAGUGACAGUUGAUAAUGGGCCUCUGUACGCCUUUGUAGAUAUUCCACUGAAAAUCAGAUUUCCAACAUUUACAAUGUCUGCAGUGUAUUUCUGAUCAAUUUGAUGUUAUUUUAAUAGAAGAAAUGUGCUUAUCUUUCGAAAACAAGGAAAUUCUAAGUGAGCCCAAACUUUGGAACGGUAGGGUAUAUAUUUAAAGAAGCUCUGUGGAUAGCUUUACAAGUAAAUAACAUUAGCACUAUAUUUAAGCUCAUACCACUACAAGACAAAAAGUGCUUUUUAAACUAACUUUAUUUGCCUUGAAGUUAUGACACUAACUGACUGAAUAUUUUAGUUAUUUAAAAGAACCGUUAGUAUUCGUCUUAAUAGAAACCCUGUUUCUUCUCUCCUGAAAGGAUGUACAGUAAGUACAUUGCUGCAUUUACAUGGUGCAGAAUACUGAUCUCUUUAUUCAAUAGUUGGUUAAAAGAUCUGAAUUGGGCUACAUGUGUAAAAACAGCAUUUGAAGAUAUGGACCUAAAGCAGCCAUAGGUAAAUGCAGAGUUUGGCCAUCUAUCCGCUUUAAUGUUAGCACCAAAUGCACUAAAAUCCAACUAGACUUUUCUUAGAACAUUUUCCAUGACAUUUCUGUUGGAAGGAGUUUGCCAAACUCUGUAUAGCUAUGCUGUAUAUCUGACUGAAAAUAUUUAUUAAAUGUUGU